GUGAAAAGAAUGCAGGGAAAGAAACCCUAUCAAAGUAAAAAAAAAACCCUAGCCUAAACUUCCGAUCACAAUCAAAUCCCAAAUCCUUAUUAAAAAAAAAAAAACCAAAAAUCAAAUUCACAAAUCCAAAACCAAAAACACAACAUGGGUGUUGGAUUAUCAAUCCUUAUAGGCCUAAAAUCAGCAACACUAUUCUUAACAUUCAUAUAUCUAAGAACACUAGGUUUCACAUUUUUAUCAAUCCCAUUUUUAUAUUCAUCACUAGUUUCACUUUUAGUAUCACUUGCUUCACACCCAUCAAUCAAUCUCCCAAUGCUCCUUAGCAAAAACCCAGAUGGGUCUUUCCCAAUUUGGUCCCUAAUUAUGUUUAGUUCAUAUUUGUAUUUUGUCCGGGUUUUUUCGGCGAUUAGACGGUUAAAAAGUAAGGAAGAACCAUAUAGUGAAGUUUGUGAGGGUGUGUAUGUUGGUGGGUGGCCUUCUAGUUUAGAUAAAUUGCCACCUGGAAAACCGGCUGUUGUGGAUUGUACUUGUGAGUUGCCAAAAGUUGUGGGGAGUGGGAUGAUAAAUGGGUAUUUGUGUGUUCCUACUUGGGAUACGAGGUCGCCUGAUCCUGGUGCUAUUGAGUCUGCUGUUAAGUGGGCGUGUAGGAAACGGAAUCAGGGUGUUCCUGUUUUCGUACAUUGUGCUUAUGGUCAUGGAAGAAGCGUGGCAGUCACGUGUGCUUUGUUGGUGACUCUCGGUGUGGUUGAUGACUGGAAAAAUGCUGAGAAAUUUAUUCGAGAAAAGCGACCUUAUAUUCGAAUGAAUGCUCUUCACCGCAGUGCUUUAGAAGAAUGGUCAAAGAACCGUUUAUCUCCCUCUAAAACUGGAGCCAAUACACGUCAUUGAUGCCAUUUUACCAAUGUGAUUCUACUGGAAUUUUAAUGGGUUUACGUUUUAGGGUUCGUUCUACACAACACGUCAAUGAGCUCAGUGCAUCCCAGUCAAAUUUCUUUGGGGAUUUUUAUCGCCGGAUACUUCCUAAAAUUCGAACUGUACCCUUAAGAGAUGAUUUUUAUCCCAGUUUAAAAAUGUUAUUUUAAACUGUCACUUACAUCAAGCUGUAUUUUCUGUGUUUGGUCAAUGAUCACAUUUAGUAAAUGAGAUAGAUUGCAUGUUUAACUCCAA